AAACAAAAGGCUAACAUUAAAUGGUUAGAGAAGGGAGAUGCAAACUCCAAAGUUUUCCAGGCUUAUGUCAGAGGGAAACAAAAGAAACUUUGCAUCAACCACAUUAUUUCCCAAGAGGGGGUAGGCCUUCACAACAGAGAGGAGAUCAAGGAGGAAGCCAUCAAAUAUUUUCAGUCCCAAUUCAGUGCUGAAACUGCCAAUCACUGCCCCAACCUCAUGCCUAUUCUCCAACAUAUCCCUAAGUUUAUUUCUGCAGAAGAGGAUGCCUCUAUCACAGCCCUACCUGACAUGGAUGAAGUUAGACACACCAUCUGGGAGAUGGAUGCCAAUAGUGCAAGUGGACCAGAUGGAUUCAAUGGUACUUUCUUCAAGUGCUGUUGGGAGAUUAUACAACAUGAUGUUCUUAAGGCCUCGCAAGAUUUCUUUUUAGGGAUGCCUAUUCCCAAAGGGUAUGGUAGCUCCUUCCUCACCCUCAUUCCCAAGACAGACCAUCCUAAAACAUUUGGUGACUUCAGGCCUAUCUCUCUCUCCACAUUCAUGAGCACAAUCAACACCAAAAUGUUGGCAAAUAGGCUCAAGAAGCUGCACCCUAAAAUCAUCUCUGAUGAACAAGCUGCAUUCCAGAAAGGAAAAGCCAUUGAGGACCACAUUCUCAUGGCCAAGGAGGCAAUUCACCAACUGGAUAAGAAA